AGUCUGCGCAGACGCAGGAAGUGGGAGGCCAUAUCCAUUUUCUUCGUGGAGGCCCGUUCGUCCGUGAUUCUGGAGAAGUCAGGGGGUUUGAAAUCAAGCAAAGAACAGCCAUUUCUUUAUAAUCAGUGAAUUCUUCGUGAACCUAAGAUGGGUAAUUAUGGAAUGGAAGAACUCAUACCCAUUGUGAAUAAGCUGCAAGAUGCAUUUGCUUCCAUCGGUCUCAGCAGUUCCUUGGAUUUGCCACAAAUCGCUGUUGUUGGUGGCCAGAGCGCAGGCAAAAGCUCUGUCCUUGAAAAUUUCGUUGGCAGGGAUUUUCUCCCCAGAGGGUCUGGCAUUGUAACCAGGAGACCACUCAUCCUUCAGCUAAACCAAUCUAAAGCAGAGUAUGGAGAAUUUCUUCAUUGCCGAGGAAAGAAGUUUACUGACUUUGAUGAGAUACGGAAGGAGAUUGAAGCAGAGACGGAUCGUAUCACUGGCAGCAACAAAGGCAUUUCACCGAUACCCAUCAAUCUAAGAGUUUUCUCACCUCAUGUUCUGAACUUGACUCUGAUUGAUCUGCCUGGAAUGACAAAGGUUCCAGUUGGUGAUCAGCCUGCAGAUAUUGAGAUACAGAUUCGAAGCAUGGUUAUGGAAUUCGUCUCAAAGGAGAACUGUCUCAUUUUAGCUGUUUCUCCAGCCAACUCAGACUUGGCAAAUUCAGAUGCCCUCAAAGUUGCUAAGGAGGUUGAUCCAUCAGGUGCACGCACAAUUGGAGUGAUUACUAAGCUGGACUUGAUGGAUGAUGGAACUGAUGCUAGGAACAUCUUGGAGAAUAAACUCCUUCCACUCAGGAGAGGCUACAUCGGUGUAGUCAACAGAAGUCAGCGAGACAUUGAUGGCAAGAAAGACAUCAAAGCAGCCUUGGCUGCUGAGCGUAAAUUCUUCUUGAGCCAUUCUUCAUACCGUCACAUGGCUGAUAAGAUGGGGACACCAUUUCUGCAGAAAGUACUCAAUCAGCAACUGACCAAUCACAUCAAGGAUACUCUUCCAGCACUGAGGAACAGACUCCAGCAACAACUCCUGUCCUUGGAGAAAGAUGUAGCAGACUUCAAGAAUGUCAAUUAUGAUGAUCCAACACGCAAAACUAAACACAUGCUGCAGAUGGUUCAGCAGUUUGGAGCUGACUUUGAGAAACGUAUUGAAGGGUCAGGAGAUGAAAUAAACACCAUGGAGUUGUCAGGUGGUGCCAAAAUCAACCGUAUCUUCCAUGAACGCUUCCCAUUUGAAGUGGUGAAGAUGGAAUUUGACGAGAAGGAAUUGAGGAGGGAAAUCAGCUUUGCUAUCAAGAAUAUCCGUGGUGUCAAAGUUGGUUUAUUUACCCCUGACAUGGCAUUUGAGGCAAUCACCAAACGACAAGUGGCAAGGCUUAAGGAACCAUCACUGAAAUGUGUUGACAUGGUCACCAACGAGUUGAAUAAUGUUGUCCGACAAUGUGGGGAAAAGAUGCAACGUUACCCACGUUUGAGAGAGGAAACAGAAGGUAUUGUUACCAGACACAUUGCAAACAAAGAGCAGAAAACAAAGGAGCAAGUUCUGCUGCUGAUCGACUACCAGUUGGCUUACAUGAACACAAACCAUGAAGAUUUUAUUGGAUUUGCCAAUGCUGCAGCAGCAUCACGACGUAGCACUGGUAACAAUCCUAAUGCACCAAAGACACGGUCUGUCACCAACCAGGUUAUUCGCAAAGGCUACAUGAAUAUGCAUAAUGUCAGUUUUAUGAAAGGAGGAUCCAAGGACUACUGGUUUGUCUUGACUGCUGAGAGUAUUUCCUGGUUCAAGGAUAAUGAGGAAAAAGAUAAGAAGUACAUGCUGCCUUUGGAUGGUCUUCGACUCCGUGAUGUUGAGUCUGGUUUUAUGUCUCGUCGACAUUGUUUUGCCCUUUUCCUUCCUGAUCAAAGAAAUGUCUAUAAGGACUACAAGCAACUGGAGCUGUCAUGUGACACAUCAGAAGAAGUUGACAGUUGGAAGGCAUCUUUCCUCCGUGCUGGUGUGUAUCCUGAACGAACCAAGGAUGAAAACGAAAGUGAUGAUGCGUCAUCUGGUGAUACCAUGGGAUCUAUGGAUCCACAGCUUGAGCGACAAGUGGAGACCAUUCGCAACCUUGUGGAUUCCUAUAUGAAGAUAGUCAGUAAGCAGAUUCGUGAUAUUGUCCCCAAGAUAUGCAUGCAUCUUACCAUCAAUGACACGAAGGAUUUUAUUCUGGGUGAAUUGUUGGCUCAUCUUUACUCAACGGGGGAUCAGGAUUCUCUGAUGGAGGAAAGUCAAGAGGAAGCUCAGAGACGAGAGGAAAUGCUGAAGAUGUAUCAUACAACCAAGGAGGCACUAAAGAUUAUUGGUGACAUCAACAUGACAACUAAAUCAGUGCCAUUGCCUCCACCAGUGGAUAACGAUGAUUUGAUUAAACCAUUCGCUAAUGGACCUACUCCAGCUUCCUCAGGAUCAGCUGCAAGGAGACCAGGACCAAGUGGCCCUCCAUCUAGGCCAGCUCCAGGCUCUUCAGCUGCACCUGCAUCAAGACCGUCACCUACUCCUAUGAUCCCAAGCAGGCCUGAUAUGCCUAGCAGACCAGCUCCAAGUAUCCCAAAGCGUCCAGCUGGAUCUGCAGCACCACCCAUACCAGGCCGACCUGCUGUCCCUGCCCGCCCACUGUAAAUUAGUUAUCGUGCCCUUUGCUUGUUAAUCUGUUCUUCCUGCCUGCCUGCCUACCUUGAACACUUAGCUAUGCCUAUUCCUGGUGUUGCUACUUGUUCCUGCCUGCCCAAACCAUCAGCUGACCCCCCCCUCCAGGUCAAGUCUAUCAACGGAAAUAUACAGGUAGUCAAGUAAGAGCAUAGUAAGAGUAUUCUUACACGCCGAAGCCACAAAAUAGUUAGAUCACAGAAUGUUUUGAUGGUUGGUAAUUAAAUAUGCUACACUAUAUGGCAGGAGUAUCAGCAAGUCCUUGAUAGGAUUAGCAUCAUUGUAAGCUGCCCUUGAUUGUUCUUGCUUUUUAAACAUGCAUGUACCAUUUAUUCAACAGGUUGUAAAAGCCCUACUUCUUAUCAGUCAUACAAUAAUGAAGCUACUUUCUAGAUACAUACAACCAAAUGCAUUAUAGUGUUAAGUCCCUCAACAAUACAAUGAAAAAUACAACUUGUACCAAGCUAGCUGUUUGAACUUGUUUGUGUAAUGGUGAAUAUACUUUCCAACAUUUGUUCAUCAGUUUAGUUCGGUUUUCAUUUUUAUAAAAGCAUGUGAAAGCAAGUUUGCAUAAUUGUCAAUGUUUGCCAGAAACUGACGUAGGGAAAGCAAGAAUCCCAUUAGAAGACUUCAUCAAAAUCGAGGAAGUUAAUAUUUGUGAAUUGAAAUGGCAUUAAAUCAAAGUGAUGAAAUUUUGAAACAAAUUUAUUUCCUCUCCAUGUUUUUCUUAUUUUAAUUCUGCAAGCAUGAACAACUGAAACUUUUGCGAUGUUAAAAAUGAAAAUAACCUGUUUCUCAGUGGCAGCUUUCUUUUACUUGGUAGAAAGAGCAAAAAGACUGUAUGAGUGUUGAUGCUCUUAUUGCAGAGGUUUUGGCUGUGUGGGGUUUGUGUAUUUCAGCUGUUUGCGGAAAUCUGUGAAUAGUGUUUAAAAACAAAUUAAUAUUUCAAUUGGUUUUUGCAUUUUAUGUGAGAAACUGCUUUGUUAAACAAAUCUGUGUGGUAUAAAUGUACUCUAGCUGCAAACUUUAAUCUGACCUCUAAAUUGUCUUGAUAGUAGAAUUUGGGUGUUUCUUAUAUUGACAUUACAAGAGAGUAGUUGAUACAUAGUUCAUGUACUCUACGCUAUGGAAACUCUACCCAUCAGUUUCUUUUUUUUUCAAUGUUGAUUUGAGGUAAUAUCUUACCAACUUGGACAAUUGUUCAAUAGUGACAUGUACAUGUAGUCUUGAAAAACAGCACUUCAUAGGGGUUAAUUGAUAUGGUAAUCGAUUGACAUUGAGACAAAAUGUUUACAAAUUUAAGCUGUCUCACUGCCAUGGAAUGCCACUGAGAUGCUUAUGUCUUAAUGUAAACAUUUUGCGGGAUGAGUCCUUUACAAUUCAGGCGUAUUGUGAUUGCUCUGAGUUGAUGAGUUUAAAGAAAUCCUUGUAAAUGGGACAGAAGGCAAAAUAUCAGAUUUCCAUGAGUUUAAAUGUAUUUAUGUCUUGUAAUAAUAUAUCAGUCUAAAGAAAAUAAUGUUAAGAUUUCUGGAAACCAGAGUUUAUCAAACCUAAAGGAUUGUGUAUUAUAGACAAAUUUUUUAAAAGUAGCUACUAGUUGUAUCCACACUUUGUACAGAUGUGAAGCAAUGUUUAUAUACUUCACUAAGUACACUACAAAAUGAUAAUACAUGUUUCAUGAAAUUGUGAAUUGUCAUUGUGAGCACACACAGACUAUAUGUAUUUUGGACUUUGGUAUGGCUAGAAAUAUUUAAAAGUCAGCUUUUUCUUAAGGUUGCCAGUUUGUUAGAAUAUCCUCACAAGAAUCAGUUAAAAUUUAGGCUAAUUCAUGCUUAUGACCAUUAUUGCAAAUAUUGAUGCAGCAGUGUUGAAUACAUUGUUGUAGAUAUCUAAUUGGGAUAAAUUUUCCUGUGAUAUUGGUUUUUUACAGUGUGGUAAAAUAUGUACUCUGCCCUAAAUGUUUGAUAUUGUGCAUUCUGUUGUUACGUAUACAAAGCUUUUAAUUAAUCUCAUGUAGUUAUAAUAUGAAUUGCCCAUUCCAAAAAUGUCAGCUACUUGAAACAUUAUUAUUCUGUUUACCAAAAUCAUGAUACCUGAAUACUUUCAUUAAAAAGACAAUACAUGUGAUAAGAACGUAGUCUGUUUUUUGGAAUUUAGUGCAACUGAGUACUGGAUCCCCAAAAUGUGUUUGACAAAAGUUUCUUGUAAGUGUUCCACUUUCAUAUUCGGUUACAUUAAAAAAAGAUGAACGUUUUAUCAUCUUAACAGCAAAUGUAGGAUUAUUUACAUGUAGUGUUCUCAUCAUGGUGGUUGUUUCUGCAACUUGUGUAAUAAAAUUUGUUAUUACUGCAA